UGAUUGCCUAUCUACCUCUACGAGUCGUCCCCUCGCUACGAAUCUAUCGCGACACCGCAACGACAGAGAGAGAGAGACACAGCAACGCCUGCUCUCGAGCGUAUCUGCGUCCCACAAACGACCGCGGCAAGCAGCUACACACACCAGAGCACAGCACACUCUCCCCCACCGUGACCGCUCCCACUUCCACACUCGAGCAAGCAAGCAAACAACACACCAACCUAGGAGGAAGACCUAUCCAUCCAUCCAUCCGUGCCAGCGACAUCGUCCACCAUGUCGCGCCUCUUCCCGCACACCGCCUACGCAGAGGACCAGCCCCUCGCGCACCUCAUCCUCACCACCCACGUCCUCACCCGCGGCAUCACCGCCGGCGCUCUCCUCGGCGCCACCCUCUCCGCCGCGCGGCACUCCAUCCCCUCGCUGCGCCCGCGCGCCGCCUCCGCCGCCGCCCUCGCCCCCCCCCUGCCCGCCAAGGUCCUCCUCGGCGCCUCCUCCGGCAGCGUCGCCGGCCUGGGCAUCCUCGCCGUCGCGCUGGCCGGACGCAUGCGCGGCCGCGAGGACGUCGAGUGGCGCGACCGCGCGUGGCGCCUGCUCGAGAACGAGGGCCAGCUCGAGACGGACGACUGGACGUACGCCGCCAUGGGGCUCGCGGCGGGGACCGCCGUGGCGACGGGCCGCGUGCGGGCGUUGGGGUGGAGGGCGCUGGUCGGCGCCAUGGGGCUGGGGAGCGUGGGUGGCAUGGUGGGAUACAUGGCGUGGAGGUAUGGCUUCAAUGGGGGCAAGUUUCCCUCCGAGGGGAGGAAGGCGGAGAGGCCGGGUGGCCUGUGAUUUGUGAACAUGGAUGAAGGCGCCAAACACGGACAGGCGCUUCUGGCCCCGCGGGAAAGAUCACCACUUGACCUGGUUUGGGUUGUAUAGUAACUUAUGUGUUUAGGGCGUUACGGGCAACGACAAAACUGACGACAACAGUACAUUGUGUAGCAAUAAUACCUCCUGUUAUCUGAC